CAGAAGUUUGCAGGCCCCGGCUAAACUUCCAGCUCCCUUGUCUGCAGACGACUGCUCCUUUCCACCUAAAGGUCCCAUUUUCCAGAAUGCAGUGGCGUUUAGUUGUGGCGAUUUUAUGCGUUUGCCUCAUCCCGUAUUGUCUUUCGGACGUGCAGCUCAGUAGUAAUGUUAUUAUGGAACCGUAUGAUCUGCUGUUCGACACUGCGGUGGAAGCCUACUACAAGGGGGAGUGGAUGACGGUCAUACUGAACAUGGAGAGAGCGCUUCGGAACAAGGCUGCGAUCCGCAGGGUGAAGGCGCAUUGCCGGAUAACUUGUGCCAACCAGAGCGCUUUCGGGGAGCCUUUAUCCAGCAUGGUUGUGCCAAUACCAGGCGCUGGCUCCGUGGAAGAUCUUGGCUUUUUCCAGAAAAUUAUGAAAAGGGCUGAUUGUGUAAAUACGUGCGAAAGUGAGAAAAUUGGACCACCAACUAUCCAUAAAGUCACUGAAGAUGUGGACCUUGAGUUUAAGAAGAGAACCCCCUACAAUUACCUGCAAGUCGCAUACUUCAAGGUAUAAAAAAAGGUUGACCUUAUAGGCCCUAUAACGUUAUGCAUUAUACAUUUGUAUAUCUUGCAUAGGCUUGCAACAAAGUAUCUUCCACACAGACAGUAUCCCAUGUUGUGGAGUAAGAUGCGUCUGCAUCAUAUCUUAUUCCACAACAUGUUCAUGUUGUUUGUGUCUCUGUCGACCAGGUGCAUAUUUAUCACACUUGUAUGACAAAAUAAGGGUCAUGUAACUUUUUUGUCCAAUUUCAUUCAAACUUCCCUCAAGCAAUUCGUUAACUGUAAGCUACGUGCUGUGCUCUGCUUUCCCCAACCCCCAAGCCGGCCGUGCCACGUCUCUAGGUGGAGUCUAGCUGUGUAGACAGACCGCUUACGUUCUGGCGCUGGAUUCUUCUCGAUUUUUGGGGCUUGUCAUCAAAAAGCGCAGCUACUCAGCAGCUUCAGCAUGCUAUCUAUAUACGUGCCAUUCAAUAGUUUCCUUAGCUAUUGUUAGAAUAGGCCUAUACAUAAACAGAAUAGGCCUAAACCAAACUUUGUUUAAAAGUCUGUUUAUAAACGGGUUACUACAUUGUAGCUACUUAAAUAAAGUAAAUACAUGCAACCUAUAAGGCCUGCAGUUCCUGAGAUUCACAGGUCAUAAAGGGUUUAUACAUGUUGCCUAUUUACUAAUAUCAAUAGAUAUGAACAAAAUAUGUACUGAUUUACAAACAGAAACACAAAAAUAUGUAAAAGAGACACACAGUCCCUGGUGCUAGGCCACAUGUAUCACAGGAGGUUGGUGGUACCUUAAUUGGGGAGAACGGCUCGUGGUAAUGGCUGGAGCGGAAUCAGUGGAAUGGUAUGAAAUACAUCAAACACAUGGUUUCCAUGUGUUUGAUGCCAUUCCAUUUUCUCCGUUCCAGCCAUUAUUAUGAGCUGUCCUCCCCUCAGCAGCCUCCACUGAGAUUCGUGUAUACUAUAGUAAGCCUAUAGGAUAAUGACUAGUUGCCUGAAACAGCAUGCUGGUGAUUGCAGCUCACACAUUUGUUACAUCAUUCCAGGAGGUCCCGACUCCUAGUCAGAUGGCAAAAGACUUCUGAGACGUGGAGCAUUUAGGGAAGCCUUUGGAGUCAGAAUGUGCUACUUCUCUUUGUUUGCUUGUUGUGUGAGAGUUAUUCAUAUGAUGUUGUGUCAUUGUUAUGUUGGACUAAGUAUCUCUCUUACCUGUGUAGAUCAACAAGCUGGAUAAGGCUGUGGCGGCGGCAAACACGUUUUUCUUGGCCAACCCAGACCACAUGGAGAUGAAGCAGAACCUGGACUACUACAGGAUGAUGGCCGGAGUACAGCAGGAGGACUUCAAAGACCUGGAGGCCCGGCCGCACAUGGUGAGACUGACACCACUAAUCCCUAGUAAUGCACCCGUUAUUCCAGUAAGAAUGCACCCGUUAUAACAGUAACUAUGCACCAGUUAUCCUAGUGACAAUGUAUCAGUUAUCCCAGUAACAAAGGACCAGUUAUAUACAAUUUAGAACAGUUAGAAUCACACAUAGUCAGACUGAAACCAUUUGCCUACUUGGAAAGGGCAGGCGUAGGGCACCGGGGAAGUGACAAGGGACCUAAUUGGCACACGGUUGGGGUAGGGUCUAGGCUCUGCUGAAUCCCUGCUCUGCUCUCUACUCCAUCUCUCAGGCAGAGUUCCUUGCAGGGAAGCGGUAUUACAGCUCCGACUCGUUUGGUCUGGCCAUCGACCACUUUGAAGCGGCGGUGGAGGAGUACUUCAGCGCGGACCAGGAGUGCCGGGCGCUCUGCGAAGGAGCUUACAACUACGACGGGUACAACUACAUGGAGUACAGUGCCGACUUGUUCCAGUCCAUGACAGGUGAGAUAGAGUGUUAAGACAGACUAAAUCCCCAAACAACCCCAAGCUAACGUUUUGGAUAAAAGCUUAAACCCUGUACUCCUGUGUUUGCCCUGUCUUUGUCAGACCACUACAUGCAGAUUCUGAACUGUAAGCAGAGCUGUUCUGUGGAGCUAGCCUCCACUGCGGGAAAGGACAAGCCAUUUGAGGAUUUCCUCCCUUCCCACUUCAACUACCUACAGUUCUCCUACUACAACAGUGAGUCUAAGUCCCUAUUCACUGAAAGAAUCAGGAUGAUUUGCUGUCUGUCUGUCUCUGUAUCUGAAUGUGCCGGUCUCUCCUCUCCUCUCAUCUCUUCCUAUCCCUCUCUUUUUCCUUCUCUUCCUUUGCCCCUUCCUUCCCCACUCUCUCAGGUGAGAAGUAUGAGCAAGCCAUAGAGUGUGCUAAAACAUACCUGCUGUUCCACCCAGAGGAGGAGGUGAUGAAUCAGAACCUGGCUUACUACUCCGCUGUGCUGGGGGAGGACAAGGCUGCAGCCAUAUCCGCUAGACAGGUGCGCACACACACAUGCACGCACCACGCACACACACACACACACACACACACACACACACACACACACACACACACACACACACACACACACACACACACACACACACACACACACACACACACACACACACACACACACACACACACACACACACACACACACACACACACACACACACACACACACACACACACACACACACACACACACACACACACACACACACACACACACACACACACACACACACACACACACACACACACACACCCUACCUGUGGUCCUCUGUAGCUCAGCUGGUAGAGCACGGCGCUUGUAACGCCAAGUUAGUGGGUUCGAUCCCCGGGACCACCCAUACACAAAAAAUGUAUGCACGCAAGACUGUAAGUCGCUUUGGAUAAAAGCGUCUGCUAAAUGGCAUAUUAUUAUUUAUUAUAUUAUUAUUAUUACCUAACUACCUGUGCCCCAUGCCUCCAACCCACUUCUUCCAUCUCUCCUCCCAGGUGGUGAAACAGCACAUUCAGCAGUCCCUGUUGGAGAAGGAGCUGCUCUACUUUGCUUAUGAAGUGUUUGGAAUCACCUUUGUUGAUCCAGUAGGUUAACAUGUCUCUUAUCUUCUCUUGUGUCUCACUGUUUCUACAUGCAAGAUAGGUGAUCAGGUGGUUUUAGCAUGUGAUCUCACAUCCUUUCCUUCCCUUUGCAGGAUUCCUGGACCCCUGCAGACGUCAUGCCCCUCAAACUGAGAGAGAAGCAGAAGUAAGAGAAACACACUUACAGACCAGUAGAGGCUGGUGGAGGGAGACAUUGGAGGACUGUCUCAUUGUAAUGGCUGAAAUGGAAUGAAUGGAAAGUUAUCAAACAUACUGUUCCAUUCAAGCCAUUACAAUGAUCCGUCCUCUAAUUUAAAGUGACACCAGCAUUCACUGGUACAUAGUACAUACAUGUAUGCUCUCAAUUUCAGAAUAGGAUCUGCUCUCCAAUAUGAUUGAACCUUUUAACCUGUUCUUUGGCGCCCUCUGCAGGGCAGACAGGGAGACUGCGGCAAGGAUCACUGAAGAGAUUGGGAAUCUGAUGAAGGAGAUUGAAACUCUGGUGGAGGAGAAGAACAAGGAGUCGACUGACAUUGCCAAGAUCGUACGAGAAGGUAGGGUUUUUAGAGCAUGAAGUGUGGGAAUGUCAGUGGACUGUGUAGAACACUCUGACAUGCCCCUCUCUCUAUAUUCAUUCCCCCUGUCGCUCCCAGGUGGUCCUCUGUUGUUUGAUGACAUCAACAUUACCAUGUCGUCUAAGCAGCUGAAUGGGUCUCAGAGGGUUCUACUUGAUGGAUUUAUCUCGAAUGACGAGUGCAGAGAGCUCACCCACCUCUCUAAUGUGAGUGGGAGUCAGGGCUAGUUAGUCUAUGUGUUUGACAGUGUUUGCACGUGUUUGACAGUGUGUAUGUUGAAUGUGUGUUAAUGGAGUUUGUGUUUAUGAUGGCCUGUGUGUUAAAACUGUGUGCAUGAUUCUGUCAUUGUGUGUGUUGACGCUGUGUGUUUGUCAGGCGGCUGCGCUGAAAGGUGAUGAGUACCAAGGCCGCCCCUCCCCCCACUCCCCCAGCGAGAGCUUCCAAGGAGUCACCGUCCUCAAGGCUAUUAAGGUACAUUACUGACCCUACAAACUACAGCCCUGCUUACCAAACCAUAACCCAAACACCACCAACCCAGCACUGCCAACUCUGACCCUAACCCAGUACGUUCAACUUCACUCAACCCCAACCCCAGCUAGCUUCACUCCCUAGCCUCAGCUUUAUCUCCAACCUAUCUAAAGCCGAGCCCCAGCCCAAUGGCAUCAAUGUAAAGUUGUUACCAGUGAGUUAGUGAUAAGAAAGCACCUAUUUCUGAUGAUCUUGUCCUGUUCUACAGUUGGGACAGGAGGGCACUGUGCCCCUGAAAAGUGCCCGCCUGUUUUUUGACAUGAGUGAGAAGGUGCGUGGGGUCCUGGAGUCGUACUUCCGUCUGGACUCUCCUCUCUACUUCUCCUACUCCCACUUGGUCUGCCGCUCCGCUAUCGACGGUGAGAAAGUAAUCUAUGGUGGGCCCCCAGGACAGUAUUGUGCCUGACUGUCAGACAGAAUGAGUUUAGGUCAUUUUUGGAAUUCACCACAAUGGGAAAACAACAUGUUCUAUUUUCUUCAAGUUGUCUAUAUCAAAUCCAGGAUGUGUCAUUUAACCCACCUUAUUCACCUGCCUGUCUGAGUGUAUAGACAUACAGUAAGUUAUGUUUCCAUCCUCUGUCUGUACAGAGAAGCAGGAUGACCGUGACGACCUGAGUCACCCGGUUCAUGCAGACAACUGCCUUCUGGUCUCUGAGCUCAACGAGUGCAUCAAAGAACCACCUGCAUACACACACAGAGACUAUAGGUAUACAAACACACACACACACACAUGCACGCAUACACACACAGGGACUAUAGGUAUACAAACACACACACACACACAUGCACGCAUACACACACAGGGACUAUAGGUAUACAAACACACACACACACACAUGCACGCAUACACACACAGGGACUAUAGGUAUACAAACACACACACACACACAUGCACGCAUACACACACAGGGACUAUAGGUAUACAAACACACACACACACACAUGCACGCAUACACACACAGGGACUAUAGGUAUACAAACACACACACACACACAUGCACGCAUACACACACAGAGACUACAGGUACUCACACCAUGCAUCUGCUUAUAACAUAGGUAUCGGCAACAUCUACUGCACUUGCAGGUAUCAUCAUGCACCACUGUCUUUAAAACACUUCUCUUGUUCCUGUUGUGUUUUAGCGCCAUCCUCUAUCUGAAUGAUGAUUUUGAAGGAGGAGAUUUCAUUUUCACUGAACUGGAUGCCAAAACUGUCACAGUAAGAGUCAAUCAAUGAUGAGGUUUUGAGUGCUGCCAAGUAUAAACAGUUGUUUCUCCUUGAUUUACUUUAAGGUAGAAGUUAAUUGAGCAUAUGAUGACUGAUGUCACUGCCCUGUGUUGUCCAGGCAGAGGUGCGUCCUCAGUGUGGUCGUGUGGUUGGGUUCGGGGCUGGGAAUGAGAACCCUCACGGGGUAAGAGCGGUCACUAAGGGCCAGAGGUGUGCUGUGGCCCUGUGGUUCACCCUUGACCCCAAACAUGAGGAGAAGGUAACACAUAUCUGUCAAUCAGUUAAUCUGGAAUCAUGUAUAGUCUUUGUUUCUCUCAUUCUAUGUUGUGAUGGGUUAUUUUGUAAUCUGAGGGAGAAAGCAACACUUUCCACUUACUGAUUAAUCUACAUUUACUCAGUUUCUCUUGCUUCAGUCUUACCUCGUUUGUGUGUGUGUGUGUGUCUCCAGGAGCGGAUCCAAGCUCAAGAGAUGCUGAAGAUGUUCUCCACUCCUACAGACACAGAGUUCACAGAGACAACGACAGAGAGCUCAGAACCACAGCUUACACCUUUUGACCAGUAUGCGCUUCUUGGUCAAGCUGCACCCCUAGUACAGGAGCAGGCAGACCAACCAGAUGACAAACCAGCAGAGAAGAAGCCUGAGGUACCAGCAGAAACAGUUAGUGAAAACCCAUCUGAUAAACCAGAGGAUAAAAAGGAUGAGAAGCCGAUAGAGAAGCACGCAGAAAAACUAAUUGCAAAAGAGGGUGACAAAGCUAAGGUGAAAGAGCUGGUGAAAACGAAAGCCAAAGCAGCGGAUGCAUCAGAGACCAAAGCGACGACUAAAACAGCGGCUAAAGCAUGGGACAAAGCCAACACUAAGACAGCAGACAAGGCUAAAGCAGGGGACAAAGCCAACACUAAGACAGCAGACAAGGCUAAAGCAAAACCUGCAACAAAAACAAACGUCAAACGGGCAGCAGCCAAAACGUACAAAAAAGAGCAGAAGCCAGCGGCAAAAAAGACAGAGAAAGCCCCUGUCAAAAAGGUUUCCAAAGACUCGAAAACUGAUCUCAAAUCAUCCUCGGACUCACAAACAGACAAGGAUGAGCUGUGAGUCCAACAGCACCUUUGACUCUUACUCUGUGGUGUCUUUUUUCUACCGUUUGAAUAUAUUUGUCAAGGUUUUCUCUGUGGGUGUGCUGGAUAAAGAUUUGAGGUUGUUUGCUGUAUUGUUAUGGAUGUUGUUUGUCUGCCCAAUAAUGGUGGUAAGGAACCAGGAUAAGGUGUUGUAAUGUAAGCCAUACCGUAAUACCAAGGGACUGCACACUCACUCUGAUGGCUGAUCUCAACCAACCAAUCAAUCAAAUCAAUAAAUCAAAUUUGAUGUAUAUAGUGCUUUUCACAAAUACAUUUGUCACAAAGUGCUAAAUAGUAACCACCUUUGAAUUCCUAUCCCAGACUCAUGUGAACAGAUCGUUUAAAAAAAUAUAUAUAUAGUGUUACUUUUGUUUAUGAUUUGGGAUUUUCAAUGUGCUAUUUUGUACUGUUUUAAAAUGUACUGUUCUUUGCCUCAGGAAUUGGAAGAUGUAAUGUCCUCAACAAAAAAAACAGGAAAGAACAACAAUGUAGCGACUGAUACCUCUGAGUAGAGACUGAUACCUGGAUUCAUGUGGAUACACUAAAUAAAAGUACUGUUUUUACAUUGGUGUUGCUCUUUCAUAUAAUACCUCUAGAGACCACUAGGUGGCAGAGAGGAACUACCAUGGCAUCUCAUGUACAUUUUUUAAAAUUAAAUUAGUCAUUUAGCAGACGCUCUUAUCCAGAGCGACUUACAGGAGCAAUUAGGGUUAAGUGCCUUGCUCAAGGGCACAUCAACAGAUUUUUCACCUAGUCGGCUCGGGGAUUAGAACCAGCGACCUUUCGGUUACUGGCACAACGCUCUUACCCACUAAGCUACCUGCCGCCCAAUACAUCACACAUAUGGUAUAUGUACCCAUUUUCCUUCUGAAUAUGUUGUAAGUAUGGACCCUCAGGGUUUAACUUGAUCCUUUACUAAGUGUUCGGUUACUGCUGGAAAGCCUUAAAUCAGAGUUAUGGUUUUGUGGGGGUCAUUUGAACUCCCAGGAGACCAAGAGACAAGUUGAAUACAGAUGCCCCCUGUGUGUGGUCAACAUGUCUGUUGUUGAUCCCUGGUUAGUUAGCUAUCUCCUCAGUGGACUCUUCUCUUAGGAUCCUGUUUAUAUCAAAAUGCUGCUUCACCCUACAGCCACUUUCUUAGUUUUAAAUAGUUGAAUUGGAUCAGGUCUUUGGGGAUGUGAGAUGAGUUGCUGAGUUUCCCUACAUAAUUAGAAUGAGUAGAAUGGAUAUUCCAAUUCAAAGCAAUGUUCCAUGGUGUUGGUGGUUAUCUUCAUAGAAAUGAAUGGAGAUACCAGAACAGUCAUUUAUGUUCCGUGGACAUAACAGCAGAACAACCAUAUUGGUCCAGGGUUCAAUGUCAAGACAAUCAGCAAGUAAUAUUGACAUACUUGUGUAUUGGCCAUAUUAGGUGUGUCUUGAAAUAUGAUCUAGAUUUGAGUUAGUCCAUUCUGGCCAUUGUGUUUCUAUGUUUCCCCUGCCAGCCCUGAGCUUGUGGGUGGAACAGUAAUAAUGCUGGGUCCUGUGCCGGAGCGUCUGUGUGGGUUUAGCAUGUGGAUGAAGACAUGCUUACAUAGAGCAGGCACGGACACACACACACACGCACACGCAUGCAUGCAUGCACACACACACACACACACACACACACACACACACACACACACACACACACACACACACACACACACACACACAACCACACACACACACACACACACACACACACACACACACACACACACACACACACACACACACCAGUCGACUUUCCACAGAGGCUGUGCAUGCACAGUGCCUUCAGAAAGUAUUCAUACCCCUUGACUUAUUCAAUUGUUUUUGUGUUACAGCCUGAAUUCUAAAUGGAUUGAAUAUAAUUGUCUACACACAAUACCUCAUAAUGUUUUUAGAAAUGUUUGCUAAUUUAUUGAAAAUGAAAAUGAAAUAUCAAAUUUACAUAAGUAUUCACACCCCUGAGUAAAUACUUUGUAGAAGCACCUUUAGCAGUGAUUACAGCUGUACGUCUUUCUGGGUAAGUCUCUAAAAGCUUUCCACACCUGGACUGUGCAACAUUUGCCCAUUAUUCUUUUAGAAAUUCUUCAAGUUCUGUCAAAUUGGUUGUUGAUCAUUGCUAGACAACCAUUUUCAGGUUUUGCCAUAGAUUUUCAAUUAGCUUUAAGCCAAAACUGCAACUCGGCCACUCAGGAACUUUCACUAUCUUCUUGGUAAGCAACUCCAGAGUACAUUUGGCCUUGUGUUUAAGGUUAUUGUCCUGCUGAAAGGUGAAUUAAUCUACCAGUGUCUGGUGGAAAGCAGACUGAACCAGGUUUUCCUCUAGGAUUUUGCCUGUGCACGCAGGCAUUCCGUUUCUUUCUUAUCCUGAAAACUCCCCAAUUCUUAACGAUCACAAGCAUACCCAUAACAUGAAGCAGCCACCACUAUGCUUGAAAAUAUGGAGAGUGGUACUCAGUAAUGUGUUGUAUUAGAUUUGCCCCAAACAUAACACUUUGUAUUCAGGAAAAAAAGGUUAAUUGCUUUGCCAUUUAAAAUUCAGGCUGCAACACAACAAAAUGUGGAAAAGGUCAAGGGGUGUGAAUACUUUCUGAAGGCACUGUAACAGGCCAAUCAUCCCAGUUAUUCAGCAGCACAGACGAGGAGGUGUUAUUGCUGCCGUGCAUAACAAGCCCAUGUGGAGAUUAGUGAGUGUGUCUGUAUUUCAUUUACAUUUUAGCAGAUGCUAUUAUCCAGAGCGACUUACAGUUAGUGAGUGCAUACAUUAUUUUAUUUUUUCAUACUGGCCCCCUGUGGGAAUCGAACCCACAACCCUGGCGUUGCAAGCGCCAUGCUCUACCAACAGGGCCGUAUGGUUGUAGACUUGCAUUAAACAAAGGUUCAGAGACAAGGUUCAGAGACAAGGUUCAGAGACAAGGUUCAGAGACAAGGUUCAGAGACAAGGUUCAGAGACAAGGUUCAGAGACAAGGCUCAGAGACAAGGCUCAGAGACAAGGGCUCAUGUCAGCUCCGUUUGUAGUGUUUGCACACAGAGUUGAAGGAAUUUUUCGCGGAACGUUUGACAUAAGCAAUACGCACACUCAGGGGGUUGUAUGCAGAGGACACACACCGUACAACACCCCACUUCUCUGGGUCAUGGCUUAUGACUUGGUCAUGACACAGAAUGAUCUGUACUUAGGGGGAAAACGUCCAAAAGUUUUAGGGAACCACAAGCCUAUACACUGAGUGUACAAAAGGAAAGCCUUGGGGCUGCUGGGGGUGAUUUGGGUGACUUGGAUAGGGGUCGUCAAGCAGCUGUGCUGGGUAUAAACUGCCCUUCUUCCCCUACUGCCUAGGUGGUGGUGGCAUGAACAGGCCUCCUGUGUGUGUGUGUGUUUGUGCGUGUGUGUGUGUGUGUGUGUGUGUGAGAGAGAGAGCGAUUGACUGUGUGUGUCUUGGUCUUUGUCUCUGUAUCUUUCUCUGUGCUUUCUUUAUGUUUCUCUGUGUUCUGGGUUGUGCAUUCUGAGCCAGAGCGAGACACAGGCUACUUUGUCUCUCUGUGUGUUUGUGGUUUGACCAUUGUUCCAAAGACCUGCAGAGAGCGAGAGAGAGAGAGAGAGAGAGAGAGAGAGAGAGAGAGGAGAGAGAGGAGAGAGAGAGAGAGAGAGAGAGAGAGAGAGAGAGAGAGAGAGAGAGAGAGAGAGAGAGAAGAGUACAGUAGACAUAGAAGGCAAAGCAGAGAUUGGUACAGAAGUCUAGCACAGUGCAUGCCUAUGUUGGAGUCAGCUUUCUGAAGUAUCUCUAUAUGUCUGUGUGUGACUGUAGCUGCUUCUGUGGCUGUCAACCUGUGUGUUGUUGUCCGUACAGUGACUUUAUAUGUGCGUUUGUGUGCGUGCAUUGUUGUGUAUCUGUAUGUGUGUGUGUGUGUGUUAUGAAGUGCAUUCCUCUUGCUCCAGGACAAGGCCACAGAUGAAAGCCCAAAAGGUUGACAGUUCCCCUUCCUGGUUACCAUGGAGACAGAGAGGGCAUGGAGACGGCAGUGGCAGGUCUGGGCCUCACACAGCGGGAUGCGGCGCUGAGAUUAAUUACGACUUUCUGUGUGUGUGUGUGUGUGUGUUUGUUAAAAUUGGGCUGGACACAGCAGGAAGAGGUGCUGAGAUUAACUUCCACUCUCCUACUCUCUGAGUCUGAAAACUAGAGGCUAAAGCAGCAGGCUAACAUGGAGUGACAUGACCUCCUGGGACGCCUCCUCUGGGGAAGACAAGGGGAUUUGAGUUUGAGUUUGAGUUUGAGUUUAUUUUUACAGGGACAUUGCACAUUAAUCAACGUUUCAGUAAAAGUGCCGGUUUUAGCCAGCCGGCUAAUUUUCAACCGCAGUCCCUGGGCAGGUUAUUAAAAACAAUUACAAUAUAGACAAUAACAACAUAGAACAAGACAUAGCAUACAGACAUAGCAACAUAGGACAAGCAAGACGUAGCAUACAGACAGAGCAACAUAGAACAAAAAGCAGCAAGACAAAAUUCAUAAAAGCAACAAAGUGUUUCCACACCUCACAAGUUACAGACAACAGACAUGGAAAGCGGCAACACACAGCUAGGGACCAUGUUCACAAAUCUGAUUGACCUUUAGCCAUGUCUUCAAGCAUUUUGUGAAAGUGUGAUAUGUGGUGCAGUUGUGUGUGUCUGAUGGCAGUGUAUUCCAGACAUGGGAAGCUCUCACAGAAAAAGCAGAUUUACUAAAGGUGCUUUUCCUUAGGGGAACUACACAGUCACCUCUCAUGGCAGACCUUGUGGAUCUGCUGCCAUAUGUUUGGGUUUUCUGUUUAACAAAAAUACUGAGUGGAGGGGGAGCCAAGCCAUUUAGGAUCUUGAAUACAAGACAUGCAUCGGUGUAUUGCACAAGAUUUUCCCAACUCAGGAGCUCAUGCUUUCUAAGGAUGUGACAGUGAUGAUGGCUAUUGGGGUUCCUAUCAAGCACUUUGAGAGCCUGUUUGUAGACAGACUGAAUAGGUCUUACUGUUGUACAGCAAGCUUGGGCCCAACUAGUCAAGCAGUAUGUUAAGUGGGGGAGUAUCAUAGAUUUGAAGUACAGUUUUGCUACCUCUGUAGUCAAACAAUUUCGUAUAAAUCGGAAAUUAGCUAGGUUGAAUUUGGUUAUUUGAAUUACCUUUUUCACAUGCUUUUUAAAAGAGAGGUUGGAAUCAAGUAUGAUGCCAAGGUACUUAAAAUCAGAUACCCCCUGGAGCUUCUCCCCUGACACAUAGACUUCUGGCUCAGUAGCAUCUGUUGCCCUCUUUGUGAAGAACAUGCAAACAGUUUUUUUCACAUUGAGAUGCAAACACGAGUCACUGAGCCACUUUGUAACCUGGACCAUUACAGUAGUGAGUUCUUGUGCAGCUUGUUGUUUGCUCUUUGCAUGCACAUAUAUCACUGUAUCAUCUGCAUACAUUUGAACUUCAGAUUGAAAGGAAGCUUUAUAUUGUUGAUGUGGAAGGCUGGGAGGCCUUUUUCAACACCAGUAUUGGUACUUGACUUGUCUUGAAAAAGACAUUGCCCCAGUGUAGAUGUAAGUGUUUAAAGUGUAGCACUAAUCUAUAUUUUUUGUUGUUGAUUCUAUUCACCUGUUUUCUGUCACAAUCUGUAAACUCAGCCUAGAGUCACCAGUGGGGUCCUGCCUCACCAUCUGAAAAAACACUGCCCCUCUAUCCUGCUGCCUAAUCCUGAACAACAGGUACACUCCCUUAAGCUUCACACGGCAUCUGGAGACUGUUCACACAUGAGCAGUAGCAGUACAGUUGAGGACAUCCCAGUCAGUGCAGAUCUGCUGUAAGUCAUCUCUAAAGCUGCAUGGCUGCAUGGUCUCAUGUCUAAAACAAACCUUGUGUUAACGGAACAGAGGAGCUCAUUGUUGGCUGCUUAUUCUAACGGAUGCCAGCUCGAUGACUUCAGCCUUUGCCAUGAACUGUCUCCUUAUUCCCCCUAAGACUGGGAUCACGGCAGUAUCGGCCUGGGGAUGGGACCAGUGGUAUGGGCCUAGAUGCCUGGGUCCAGGGACUGGCCUGGGCCGUCCUGGACUACAGCUCUAUGGAGCUGGAUUAUAAGGGGCUAGGGGCUGAGGAUGGAGAAACUAGGACAUAAGGGGCUUUAGGAGCUAGGUCGUAAGGUGCUGGAUCAUAAGGGGCUGGGGCUGGGAUCACAGUGGUAUGGCUGGGGCCUGGCUAUAGAGGUCAAUGGAGGGGCUGGUUCAUAAGGGUCUGUUGCUGAAAUAGCUGGGGGCCUGGCUGUAGAGCUCAGUUGGGGGACAUAAGCGGCGAGGGCUGGGAAUGGGGAUGGGGCUGGGGCUGAUACCAGGGCAGGAUGUCUGUAUGGAGGGGCCAGGGGGCUGGGGUUAGGGUUAGUAUGGUUUAACUAUUCUUCUAAUAUUGGUUCACUGUGAGUGUACUCUAUGAGACAGUGUCUAGUGUACUUGAGAAACAGGGCUGCACAGCAUUUGGGGGCCUGACAAAAAGUUGCUAGAAUUCCUCUGUGGGUAUACAUUGUGUGUACAAAACAUUAGGAAGAGUUGCACCCCCAGAAAAGACUCAAUUCUUCGGGGCAUGGACUACAAGGUGUCGAAAGAGUUCCACAGGGAUGCUGGCCCAUGAUGACUCCAAUGUUUUCCACAGUUAUGUCAAGUUGGCUGGAUGUCCUUUGGGUGUUGGUCCAUUCUUAAUAUACACAGGAAACUGUUGAGUGUGAAAAACCCAGCAGCAUUGCAGUUCUUGACACACUGAAACCGGUGUGCCUGGCACCUACUACCAUACCCCGGUCAAUCUUUUGUCUUGCCCAUUCACCCUCUGAAUGGCACACAUACACAAUCCAUGUCUCAAUUGAGGGAGAGAGGGGGGGUGGGCUUUGUGAUAUACUGCUGGUAUUUCCUGGAAUCACCCUCCAUCACCAAGCCCAGGGUAGUGUAGAACAGUAUAGAACAGGGCAAAAUACCCAUAAGCCCCUGGAGAGCAACCCGGGAUACUGAGAGCCUCUUUGUUCAACAGGUCCAAUGAAGAUAUCACCACUGGUUGUUAUGACAACAGCAUGGCAAUGCCUGGCCCACCGCCACAGAGCUACAGAAACAGAUGGCAGAAAAAUGGCAGAGGAGAGGGAGAGAGAUAUAUAUAUAUAUAUAGAGGAAGAGGGUAUGUGUGAGACAGAGAAGAUAACAUGUUAACCCUAGGCAUAGAAAGGUAGAGGGACUUUCACUGCCUCUAAACGUAAUCUAUGGAAGUAUUCGUAGAUGUGUUUUUACCAAGCAAUUACUACUGGUACCAUCAACACCAACACCAUUCUGUUUCAGACAGCAGGUACAUGACACAUAUUUGGGAUGACAACCAAGAAAAAGGUAGUGUGGAGUGUGUGCACUUGCAAACUGUUAUGUCUCAGAGUUGGGUCUCGUUCUCUCUCUCUCUCUCUCUCUCUCUCUCUCUCUCUCUCUCUCUCUCUCUCUCUCUCUCUCUCUCUCUCUCUCUCUCUCUCACUCACACACACACACACACACACACACACAUACACCCUCACUAGGGGUCGUGACCUUCUUCUGUUUACAUCCAACAUAACAUAUACAGUAUAACCCUUCUCAGGGAUUGGUGGAUCUUUGUAAGUGGGCGGGGAAAGGAAGAUGACCCGUGUGGAUACACUGAGUGUACAAAAAAAGGACAUCCAGCCAACUGUGGCAAGCAUUGGAGUCAACAUGGGCCAGCAUCCUGUGGAAUGCUUUCAACACCUUGUAGAGUCCAUGCCCCAACGAAUUGAGGCUAUUCUGAGGGCAAAAGGGGGUGCAACGCAAUAUUAGGAAGAAGUUCCUGUUCCUAAUAUUUUGUACACUCAGUGUAUACCCACAGAGGAAUUCCACGCACGUUUUCUCAAUCUCUCAUACUUACUUCAUACUACAUCUCUUCCUUCUCUGGCUCCAUAUAUCACUAUUCUCCCCCCUCUCUCUCUCUCUCUCUCUCUCUCUCUCUCUCUCUCUCUCUCUCUCUCUCUCUCUCUCUCUCUCUCUCUCUCUCUCUCUCUCUCUCUCUCUCUCUCUCUCUCUCUCUCCUCUCUGAAGAGGAAGUUGACGUUUAAGGAGGUGGGUGAGGAUAAGAGAGGAGGGUAGGCGGUAGGGUAAGAAUGAGGGCGAGGGUGAGGGUAUUCCUCUAGUUUCUGGUUAAGGCCAGAUGGCUGGAGAAUGGUGUCUGUAGCCCCUGGUCUGUGUGUUCUGCUCCGAGGGCAGAGGAAUGCAUGUCUUUUCUUUGGUCUUUGGCUGAGUGGAGAGGCCAAGGGCUGCUGUAUAGCAGUGGAUUAGCACCCACAUUCCCCCCUAAUCUCCCCGUUCUUAGCCUCAGCUACUACACCACCAAGACCUGUGUGUUGAUGUUGAGCUAACGGUGAACUAGCUAACCCCCCUCUCUGCUGCUCCCCCUUCCUUAGCAGCGAGAGAGCCAGGUGGACCCACUAGAGAGAGAGCUUCCAUAGGUGAAGGGUGGCAGAGAGGGGAAGAGAGGGGCAGAGUGUGUGGAGGAGAGUGGAGAGGGGUGGAGAGGGCCAGAGAGGGGGGCAGAGAGAGGUGGAGGGGGGCAGAGAAUGUUGGCGAGUCUGCAGAGAGGGAGGGAGAGAGGCAGAGAGGGGGUUAAGGGGGGCAGAGAGGGGUGGAAGGGGGCAGAGGGGAGAAGUGUCCUCCAGACUAAGAGAGGCUUUUCCGGGGAGCAGGAUAAGAGGGGGGACCCAGGGGCCUCAGAUGAACUCUACGCUACAAUGGCUCCAUCUGGCCCCUAACAAACGCAUCUCAGCCUCCCUAUGAGAGGGUCCCUUUUCCACCUCUUCCCUUCUUUUUACCUCUCUUAUCCUCUUUCCCCCCUAUUUCCUCUCCUCCUCUCUUACCCAUUCUUCUCUCCUCUUCUCCCCCUUCUACCCUCUUCUUCCCUCUUCUCCUCUCUUCCCGCCUCUUCUCUCUCCCAGCUAGAACAGAAUGUUCUGAGAACCAUAUGUUUCUUAGAGCUUGGUGAGAGCUUGGUUGUCCUAUGGUUAUUUAGCAUACAACCUUCCCACAACUUUCUGGGAAUGGUGCAGGGUAGUUGCUUGGCUUCGGAGCGUUCUCAGCACAUUUAAGGACAUUGGCAUUACUUUAACAGAACGUUUCCUAAAAGUUCAAACAUGGUUACAUUUAAUUUCAAUGUAGGUAAUGUUCUAGGAACGUUAUUCAACUGGUAUGACAUUGGGAAUGUUCUCAAAUAGUUCAGAGAACAUUAAGAAACAAAAUUAUUCUGUGGGAAUUUCAAUACUUCAGCAUAAUGUUUCCUCAUGGUUCUAUUUAAAGUAAUGUUCUCAAAUUGUUCCAAGAAUGUUAAGAAAACGUUCCAUAAAAACCACAAGAAAACUUUAAUAACAUUCAGAAAACGUUCUAAGAAUGUUAUUUAAAAUCAUAUAUUCCGUUCUCAAAACGUUAAGAAUACAUUCCAUAAAAACCACAAGUAAACUUUAGUCAUGUCCAGAGAAUGUUCUAAGUAUGUUAUUUUAAAACAUUUAUACAACGGGUGGGUCUAAUCCUGAAUGCUGAUUGGUUAAAACCGCAUUACAGCCGGUGUUUAUUCCACAAGUUACCACCAGCUAAACCUAUGAUGUUAAAAUGCCUAUUUACUCUGUUCCAUCUGACUGCACAAUCCACUGUCUCAUCAGCCCAGCCAGGCAAUUUAUAAACUUGAUCUCCACUAUAAAAAGCAUCUAGACAUUAUCUCACAUUUCUUUUAGACUAACAUUUAGUUUUCAACAACGGAUAUUUGUAUAAACCUUGCUGUCUGUCUCUCCGACAUUUGCAACAUUGUUUCAAUAUUUAAAUUACUAACUGGCCACACCUGAUCUUAAUGAGUGCUUGUUUCCUUUGAAAUGGGGUCUGUUUGAACAGCUUUUUAUGCGUAAAAAAACAUGACAUGCUAGCUCCAUCCUGUGGCGCAGUAGACUAAACCAUGAAUAGAGAACAGAAGAUUAUAGUUUUGAAUCUCACGCCUUGUCACAAUAAAAAAUAAAUGUGUUUGGAUGAUAAAUGAAUUUCCAUGUGUCCUAUCUGUGCUUGGAGUUUAAAAAAGUUAACCCAAAAUAAGCUAGCAGUGUUAUUAAAAGUCUUAUUGAAGCAUUCUGUGAAGGUUUUAAGGAAGUUAUUCAAAAACCUCAAAAUAAUCUAUAAUUUCCGUUCUCAGUGUUAAUAAAACCUCCCAGGAAAACCUUUAAGGAACCAGAGUAAAAAGUUCUCAGAACCUCCCUGCAACCUAAAAAUAAACAUUCCCAGAACAGGCGAAAUGUUCACUUCUGUACCGAUCAGGAAACGUAUGGCUUCGUUCCCACAACCAAUGUGAAACCAAAAACAUACACUACCGUUCAAAAGUUUGGGGUCACUUAGAAAUGUCCUUGUUUUCGAAAGUAAUAAAAUAACAUCAAAUUGAUCAGAAAUACAGUGUAGACAUUGUUAAUGUUGUAAAUGGCUAUUGUAGCUGGAAACGGCAGAUUUUUAAUGGAAUAUCUACAUAGGCGUACAAAGGCCCAUUAUCAGCAACCAUCAGUCCUGUGUUCCAAUGGCACGUUGUGUUUGCUAAUCGAAGUUUAUCAUUUUAAAAGGCUAAUUGAUCAUAAGAAAACCCUUUUGCAAUUAUGCUAACACAGCUGAAAACUGUUGUGCUGAUUAAAGAAGCAAUAAAACGCCAGUCUCAACGACAACAGUGAAGAGGCGACUCCGGGAUGCUGACCUUCUAGGCAGAGUUGCAAAGAAAAAGUAAUAUCUCAGACUGCCCAUCUUAAUCUUUUCUUUUUAUUGGCCAGUCUGAGAUAUGGCUUUUCCUUUGUAACUCUGCCUAGAAGGUCAGCAUCCCGGAGUCGCCUCUUCACUGUUGACGUUGAGACGGGUACUAUUUAAUGAAGCUGCCAGUUGAGGAUCUGUGAGGCAUCUGUUUCUCAAACUAGACACUCUAAUGUAUUUGUCCUCUUGCUCAGUUGUGCACCGGGGCCUUCCACUCCUCUUUCUAUUCUGGUUAGAGCCAGUUUGCGCUGUUCUGUGAAGGGAGUAGUACACAGCAUUGUACGAGAUCUUCAGUUUCUUGGCAAUUUCUUGCAUGGAAUAGCCUUCAUUUCUCAGAACAAGAAUAGACUGACGCGUUUCAGAAGAAAGUUAUUUGUUUCUGGCCACUUUGAGCCUGUAAUGGAACCCACAAUUGCUGAUGCUCCAGAUACUCAACUAGUCUCAAGAAGGCCAGUUUUAUUGCUUCUUUAAUCAGCACAACAGUUUUCAGCUGUGCUAACAUAAUUGCAAAAUGAUUUUCUAAUGAUCAAUUAGCCUUUUAAAAUGAUAAACUUGGAUUAGCAAACACAACGUGCCAUUGGAACACAGGACUGAUGGUUGCUGAUAAUGGGCCUCUGUACGCCUAUGUAGACAUUCCAUAAAAAAUCAGCCGUUUCCAGCUACAAUAACCAUUUUCAACAUUAACAAUGUCUACACUGUAUUUCUGAUCAAUUUGAUGUUAUUUUAAUGGACAAAAAAAAAUGCUUUUCUUUCGAAGACAAGGACAUUUCUAAGUGACCCCAAACCUUUGAACGGUAGUAUACGUUCCCACAACUUCCAAGGAACCAAAUGUGCUUGCUGAGUCUAGUCCCUUCGAGGGAUACCCACUGCUGAGGUCUCUAAGGGACACUGGGAAACAGAUGCAGUGUGGACACUUAGCCUGCACAUGGUGUAUUCAAGGUUUAAAAAGGCUUAUAAAGUUUGUAAUUUCCACUUUAAGGAUUAAAAUGUCAGACUUGAUUUGCCCUAACAACACAAUUAUAAUCCACAUAAUAAUUCACAUGUCCUGUUGCUGCAAGAUAAUUUUCCUGCUGUAGCAAACUGGCUCAAAUUAAGAUCCUACAUCUGUAGUCUGGAGAUGGGGAGGAGAGAGAGCAGAGGAGGAGUGGAAGGGGAGUGGUGGGAACAGGAAAGCGGUGAGGUGAUGAGCAGAGUAGGAGAGGGAAGAGAGGGAGGAGAUGGGUAUACGGAGGGGAGGAGAAAGGGGGAGGGAGGAGGGUAGGACAGGAAAGAGAGUGUCAGGCUCUUUCCCAAGUAAAGGUGCCGGCGGGGCAGUGAGGGGCGACUCAGAACUUAAAACUACAAUUAGUAUAACUAACAUUCCCUUUGAAAACAGUGUUCCAUGGUGGGGGGACCUGCUCCACCAUUAGGUGUAGCAUUCACCUAUCAGAAUUCAGCUUUUUUCUUAGUAUUCUACACCUGCAAUCAAUAUAAAUUAUAUUGAAACGCCACUAUUGGUGGACGUAGGAGAAUUCACCAGUGGUGUAGUGAUAUUUUUUUAGGUGAGGGAGUGCAUUUCUUUUUAUAACGUCAUAAUUUCCUCAAUCAAAGUUUGUACCUACAGAUGUAGCCAAUUGAUUAGCCUAUCAUUAUAGAAUAUGCAUAACAUGCAUCCUCCAAUUGCAACAUCUGCAUAGUCUAAAGAAAUAUUUAUAUCUUUAAUACCCUCAAACACCAAGUAAGGCAUAGGCUACCUUAUUUCAUCACUGGUAAUUCACAUUUGAGUCAUUUAGCAGACGCUCUUAUCAAGAGCAACUUACAGUAGUGAGUGCAUUCAUUUCAUACUUGUUUUUUUCCUUCUCCAUACUGGUCCCCUGUGGGAAUUGAACCCACAACCCUGGUGUUGCAAGCACCAUACUCUACCAACUGAGCCACACGUUUUAGCAGUGAAAUGUCCAAACUGCAUCUCAAUGGCAAUCAUUUGAUUGAUCUCAAACAGUUUCAUGGGAAUAUGCAUCUUGAAAUACUGUUUUGUGAGUGAAUUAGAGAAGAUGGUGUUAACAAACUAUUAGCAUUUCUUGUAUGAGAAUAAUUUUUGGGACUAUUCAGCUUCAGCUAAACAUCCUAAAAUCUCAUUAGAAAUGAGAUGUUUUUGGUGUAACAGUAACGCUAUAGGCCUACUAUGCUAUGGUAUCAUAUUCGGUUCUGUUAUGUAAAAUCCUAAUGAAUCAUUAUGUGAUCUUGCAAGACAUUGAUUCAGCUUUGAUCUAACUUUACUAAAUGAGCACCAUUGUGAGUAGUGAUACUCUUUUAUUUGUAAUAAUAAUUAUAAGUGAUGAGUAUGACUAUUAGGCGUAGGCAACAGAUCUUGAUGAGAUGUCAUUUUAAGCGAUUGGAGCGCCCUUUGUGGCGAUUACAGCUGUGAGUCUUUUUGGGUAAGUCUUUACGCACACCUGGAUUGUACAAUAUUUGUCCAUUAUCCUUUUAAAAAAUCGUCAAGCUCUGUCAAGUUGGUUGUUGAUCAUUGCUAGACAGCCAUUGUCAAGUUUUGGAAUAGAUUUUCAAGCCGAUUUAAGUCAAAACUGUAACUAGGCCACUCAGGAACAUUCAAUGUCAUCUUGGUAAGCAACUCCAGUGUAUAUUUGACCUUGUGUUUUAGGUUAUUGCCGUGCAGAAAGGUGAAUUUGUCUCCCAGUGUCUGUUGGAAAGCAGACUGAACCAGGUUUUCCUCUAGGAUUAUGCCUGUGCUUAGCUCUAUUCUGUUAAUUUUUAUCUUAAAAAACUCCCUAGUCCUUGCUGAUGACAAACAUACCCAUAACAUGAUGCAGCCACCACCAUUCUUAAAAUGAUGAAGAGUGGUACUCAGUGAUGUGUUGUGUUCAGGACAAAACGUUCAUUUCUUUGCCACAUUUUUUGCAGUAUUACUUUAGUGCCUUAUUGCAAACAGGAUGCAUGUUUUGGAAUAUUUGUAUUCUGUACAUGCUUUCUUCUUUUCACUCUGCAUUUAUGCUAUUUGUGUCAGUAACUGCAAUGUUGUUGAUCCAUCCUCAGUUAUCUCCUAUCACAGCCAUUGAACUCUGUAACUGUUAUAGGUCGUUAUCAAUAAAAUGUCACGAUAGCGUUCCAUUUGGCUGCUGCCAGGUUAAAAAAAUGUAUGCACUCACUAACUGUAAGUCGCUCUGGAAAAGAGCGUCUGCUAAAUGAAAAAAAAAAAAAAAAAAAAGAAGGUUAAGGAGACCCCCAGCUCCGCUAAAACCAUUGACAACUACUGUAUGUGCCGUUUCAAGGGAUUAUUAAAUAAAUGUUAUAAUUAUUUGGUUUUAAUAUCAUCACCUCUUGAAGAGCAUAGUCAGAACUACACAUUUCUGAUUAUUCCACAUUCAGGUCUAUCAUCAGAGUUAUACAGCAAUCAGUAAACAUCAAUUGAUAAUGUAUUUUCAGAUACGUGAGGGUAGCCAGAUCCAUUUGGCAUGUACAGUUGAAGUCGGAAGUUUACAUACACUUAGGUUGGAGUCAUUAAAACUCGUUUUUCAACCACUCCACAAAUUUAUUGUUAACAAACUAUAGUUUUGGCAAGUCGGUUAGGACAUCUACUUUGUGCAUGACACAAGUAAUUUUUCCAACAAUUGUUUACAGACAGAUUAUUUCACUUAUAACUCACUGUAUCACAAUUCCAGUGGGUCAGAAGUUUACGUACAUUAAGUUGACUGUGCCUUUAAACAGCUUGAAAAAUUCCAGAAAAUGAUGUCAUGCUUUAGAAGCUUCUGAUAGGCUAAUUGACAUCAUUUGAGUCAAUUGGAGGUGUACCUGUGGAUGUAUUUCAAGGCCUACCUUCAAACUCAGUGCCUCUUUGCUUGACAUCAUGAGAAAAUCUAAACAAAUCAGCCAAGACCUCAGAAAAAUAAUUGUAGACCUCCACAAGUCUGGUUCAUCCUUGGGAGCAAUUUCCAAACACCUGAAGGUACCAUGUUCAUCUGUACAAACAAUAGUACGCAAGUAUAAACACCAUGGGACCACGCAGACGCGUUCUGUCUCCUAGAGAAGAACGUACUUUGGUGCGAAAAGUGCAAAUCAAUCCCAGAACAACAGCAAAGGACCUUGUGAAGAUGCUGGAGGAAACAGGUACACAAGUAUCUAUAUCCACAGUAAAAUGAGUCCUAUGUCGACAUAACCUGAAAGGCCGCUCAGCAAGGAAGAAGCCACUGCUCCAAAACCGCCAUAAAAUAGCCAGACUACGGUUUGCAACUGCACAUGGGAACAAAGAUCGUACUUUUUGGAGAAAUGUCCUCUGGUCUGAUGAAACAAAAAUAAAACUGUUUGGCCAUAAUGACCAUCGUUAUGUUUGGAGGAAAAAGGAUAUGCUUGCAAGCCGAAGAACACCAUCCCAACCAUGAAGCAAGGGGGUGGCAGCAUCAUGCUGUGGUGGUGCUUUGCUGCAGGAGGGACUGGUGCACUUCACAAAAUAGAUGGCAUCAUGAGGAAGGAAAAUUAUGUGGAUAUAUUGAAGCAACAUCUCAAGACAUCAGUCAGGAAGUUAAAGCUUGGUCGCAAAUGGGUCUUCCAAAUGGACAAUGACCCCAUGCAUACUUCCAAAGUUGUGGCAAAAUGGCUUAAGGACAACAAAGUCAAGGUAUUGGAGUGGCCAUCACAAAGCCCUGACCUGAAUCCUAUAGAAAAUGUGUGGGCAGAACUGAAAAAGCGUGUGCGAGCAAGGAGGCCUACAAACCUGACUCAGUUACACCAGCUCUGUGAGGAGGAAUGGGCCAAAAUUCACCCAAUUUAUUGUGGGAAGCUUGUGGAAGGCCUCCAGAAAUGUUUGACCUAAGUUAAACAAUUUAAAGGCAAUGCUACCAAAUACUAAUUGAGUGUAUGUAAACUUCUGACCCACUGGGAAUGUGAUGAAAUAAAUAACACCUGAAAUAAAUAAUUUUCUCUACUAUUAUUCUGACUUUUCACAUUCUUAAAAUAAAGUGGUGACCUAAGACAGGGAUUUUCUACUAGGAUUAAAUGUCAGUUGUGAAAAACAGAGUUUAAAUGGAUUUGUCUAAGAUGUAAACUUCCGACAUCAACUGUAGCUAACCAAAUGGUUAAAGCAAACAACAUGUGUCAUUUAGCUUGCUUCAUCAGAGAUUAGGCUUUUGGAAAGAGUUUGACAUCGUCCUGGUAAUGUUGUCAGUUGGACUACUGUCAUUACCACUAUAGAUGGCAAGCAAAUCAUACAAUUUUUGAUUUAGCCAUCUAGUUUAACCUAAACCACUCAUACUUGUCAGGUAUAGUUCACGUUUAUGUUAUAUCUCUCAAAUAUCCAAUUAAUGGUGGCCAAUAUUGAGAGAUAUCGUGAGGCUAUCCUCACGUAUCUGAAAUUACAUGAUCAAUUGAUGUUUUAAAAAAAUAAAAAAAUAAAUGCCAUUUAGCAGACGCUUUUAUCCAAAGCGACUUACAGUCAUGCGUGCAUAAAUUUUUUGUGUAUGGGUGGUCCCGGGGAUCGAACCCACUACCUUGGCGUUACAAGCGCCGUGCUCUACCAGCUGAGCUACAGAGGACCACGAUUUACUGAUCAUGGAAAGCUGUAGGCCUAUAACUCUGUUGAUAGCAAGGGGACAUGUGUGCAAUUGUUUCACACGGAAUAAUCAGAAAUAUUACAACCCAAUAGUUAACAUUUAUUUAACAAUCCCUUGAAAACAGCACACAGUUGUCAAUGGUUUUAGCAGAGCAUAGUUUAGUUUAUUAAUUAAACCAUGAAAAAAAACAAGCACACAUAAAACUUGAAAAAGCCAUACAUGCAUGAGUAAAAUCAUCAAGGAUAACACAGAAUAAAGUCUGGGACUGAUUUCCAUUGUGGUUUUCUUGAAACAAGAUGGCUAGGCAAGAUUGAACACAGUUGAACACAGUAUGACAGAGAGAUAAUAAAACAUAAAAAGCUGAGAGUCUCCUUGCCCCCCAGUAGGCAAAUCAAACGCUCUGUACCUUAUUGUGACGUUUUAUUGAUAACGACCUAUAAAAUCACCAUUGGCCUCAUGGUGAAAUCCCUGAGGGUUUCCUUCCUCUCCGGCAACCAUCCAAAGUGUAAAAUUAAUAACUGCACCCUGUUCAAAGGGAUAUUCAAUGUCUGCUUUUUUAACCCAUCUACCAAUAGGUGCCCUUCUUUGCGAAGCAUAGGAAAACCUCCCUGGUCUUUGUGGUUGAAUCCGUGCUUGAAAUUCACUGCUCAACUUAGGGACCUUACAGAUAAUUGUAUGGGGUACAGAGAUGGGGUAGUCAAAAUCAUGUUAAACACUAUUAUUGCACACAGAGUGAGUCCAUGCAACCUAUUAUGUGACUUGUUAAGCACAUUUUUACUCCUGAACUUAUUUAGGCUUGCCAUAUCAAAAGGGUUGAAUACUAUACUUAUUGACUCAAGACAUUUCAGCUUUUAAUUUUUUAUUAAUUUGUAAACAUUUCUAAAAACAUAAUUCCACUUUUAAAUUAUGGUGUAUUGUAUGUAGAUCAGUAACACAAAAUCAUAAUGUAAUCCAUUUAAAAUUCAGGCUGUAACCCAACACAAUGUGGAAAAGGUCAAGGGGUGUGAAUACUUUCUCAAGGCGCUGUUAUAUUAGCUUAAUAUCAUUGCACUGUUUGCGAGGAGAGCUUUAUUGCGAGUAGGCAUAGUAGGCAUUUCAUUGUAUUGUGUAGCUUUCAUGCUAUAUCAUAAAUAAACUUUGAUUUGAACACAUAGCUACAAUAUACCCUAUUGCAGAAUAAAAUAAAACAGAGAGGUGAACUAUCAAUUCAUAUAAUUUAUUUGCAUAGAAUAAACCAGGGGCGGACUGGGACAAGAAUGUUCACACCAGCCCACAUCACUGCACGCGCCGCCAACUAACAAGGGGACAAAGCUUCCAAAGCUGUGUUUUCCCUGCAAUUGCAGUUUAAAUGUUAUACGAUAAGAAUGCAUGGGGGGAGAGGAGAGUGGCAUGCUCGUCACAGCAGCAGGCCUCAGCGAGGGCACAGGCAUAAGGGGAGGGCAGACACUUUGAUUACAAGAAUCAUGAGGAUAAUGCACGUUACCAUUUGACCAAAUCAGGGUUUUAGCUGCCCAAAAAAUAGGACGUUUUGAGUGAGCUGACGAUGCAGAAUGUGCUCUUUCGACGUUUAUAGACACCCUUUCCAUUUUUUACGAUCCAUGAUCUUGGCUGUCUAACUGAUGACAGAGUCGGAGGAGGUCUCUUUGCUGAUGCCUCGUUUGACUUUGAAUGUGAGUUUACGUGACUUCAGCUUAGCCUAUCCGAAAACCAGGGAGGGCAUAAAAAAAAAAGUUUGGCUCAUUCAUUGCAAGGACAUUUUUGGAAGUUAAAGCUCAUUUACUGUAUUUCUACACAAUUUAAAAACUCCAAAAUUAUAUUUAGAGAACAGCCGCAAUAUUAGGUUUAAAGGUCUGGCAAAUACAGUGCAUUCGGAAAGGAUUCAGACCCCUUGACUCUUUCCACAUUUCCACUUUACAGCCCCCUCAUCAAUCUACACAAAAUACCCCGUAAUGACAAAGCAAAAACAGGUUUUCAUUUUCUUUGCAAACAUAUAAAAAAUUUAACACUGAAAUAUCACAUUUAUGUAAGUAUUCAGACCCUUUACUCAGUACUUUGUUGAAGCACCUUUGGCAGUGAUUACAGCCUCCAGUCUUCUUGGGUAUGAUGCUACAAGCUUGGCACACCUGAAUUUGGGGAGUUUCUCCUAUUCUUCUUUGCAGAUCUUCUCAAGCUCUGUCAGGUUGGAUGGGGAGCGUUGCUGCACAGCUAUUUUCAUGUCUAUCCAGAGAUGUCCGAUCGGGUUCAAAUCCGGUCUCUGGCUGGGCCACUCAAGGACAUUCAAAGACGUGUCCCGAAGCCACUCCUGCUUUGUCUUGGCGGUGUGCUUAGGGUCGUUGUCCUGUUGGAAGGUGAACAUCAAGGAUCUCUCUGUACUUUGCUCCGUUCAUCUUUCCCUCGAUCCUGACUAGUCUCCCCAGUCCCUGCCGCUGAAAAACAUCCCCACAGCAUGAUGCUGCCACCACCAUGCUUCACCGUAGGGAUGGUGCCAGGUUUCCUCCAGACGUGACUCUUGGUAUUCAGGCCAAAGAGUUCAAUCUUGGUUUCAUCAGACCAGAGAAUCUUGUUUCUCAUGGUCUGAGAGUCUUUAGGUGCCUUUUGACAAACUCCAGGCGGGCUGUCAUGUGCCUUUUACAGAGUCGUGGCUUCCAUCUGGCCACUCUACCAUAAAGGCCUGAUUGGUGGAGUGCUGCAGAGAUGGUUGUCCUUCUGAAAGGUUCUCCCAUCUCCACAGAGGAACUCUGGAGCUCUGUCAGAGUGACCAUUGGGUUCUUGGUCACCUCCCUGACCAAGGCCCUUCUCCCCCGAUUGCUCAAUUUGGCCGGGCGGCCAGCUCUAGGAAGAGUCUUGGAGGCCACUGUGUUCUUGGGGACCUUCAAUGCUGCAGACAUUUUUUGGUACCCUUCUCCAGAUCUGUGCCUCGACACAAUCCUGUCUCGGAGCUCUACGGACAAUUCCUUCGACCUCAUGGCUUGAUUUAUGCUCUGACAUGCAAUGUCAACUGUGGGACCUUAUAUAGACAGGUGUACCUUUCCAAAUCAUGUCCAAUCAAUUGAAUUUACCACAGGUGGACUCCAAACAGACUAGAAACAUUUAAAGGAUGAUCAAUGGAAACAGGAUGCACCUGAGCUCAAUUUCGAGUCUCAUAGCAAAGGGUCUGAACAUUUAUGUAAAUAAGGUAUUUUUGUUUUUUAUUUUGAAUAAAUGUCCAAAAACUUGAAAAACGUGUUUUCACUUUGUCAUUAUGGGGUAUUUUGUGUAGAUUGAUAAGGGAAAAAAAUUAAUUUAAUCCAUUUUAGAAUAAGGCAGUAACGUCACAAAAUGUGGAGAAAGUCAAGGGGUCUGAAUACUUUCCGAAUGCACUGUACAACGUCAGCCACUACUCAACCUCAUCAUCAAUUGACUAAUAUACUUAGAGAAGUCACAACAAGUUUGACUGCAAAUGCUGACAUCCGUAGGCGGCGCGUGAGUUUCAAGUUUGGGGAAGAUAUUUUCUCAGCGUUAUAAAACUGCACGUUUCUCUCUGAACCAUGGCAAAAUCAGUUUUCCUAAAAAAAAAUGGGGUUGGGUUGGGGGACCCCCUAGAGAUCGUUGCCCCGGGCCCCAAAUGCGGUAGUCCGGCCCUGGACUAAUCAGAGACGUUUCUUCUCCUUUCUUUGCACUGGAGAAAAGAAAAGCAACAUAUUUCUUAAUACGACACAAAUUAGUUUCCUACUUUGCUGACAAACAGAUCAGUAAAAACGACCUUGCCUUGAAUGCAACCAUCUAAUCUAGGCCUAUGAAAAAGGGAGACACAAAUUGAGAAUAUGACGUCCAUCUAGCCUGGAGGAGGAAAUUAUUUUCCCCAAAAAAACAUUCCAGUGGUACUGAUCCAAUGAUAAAGAUAUUGAAUAAGCACCCACUCACCGGGGAUAUCGAUAUGGCUGCUCUUCGCUUAUGCCAAUAAGACAUGCUGCUGUUUGCUCAAUUGGGAGUUGAUAAUUUUGAUAACUAGAGGUAGAUUAGAGUCUUUUCUUUGUCUUCUCUUUUCUAAACUCUGUUAUUUCUACGAUGGUAGUAUUUUGAAGUAUUAGGAUAGGCCUAAUUGAGCUAACGUGUGCUAAUGUGAUUAGCAUGACUGUUGUAAGUAACAGCAAACUUUCCAGGACAGAGACAUGUCUUAUAUGGGCAGAAAGCUUAAAUUCUUGUUAAUCUAACUGCACUGUCCAAUUUACAGUAGCUAUUACAGUGAAAAAAUACCAUGCUAUUGUUUGAGGAGAGUGCACAACAACAAAAAACUUAUCACGGCAACUGGUUUGAUACAUUCACCUCUGAAGGUAAAUAAUGUACUUACAUUCAGUAAUCUUGCUCUGAUUUGUCAUCCUAAGGGUCCCAGAGAUAACAUGUAGCAUAGAUUUGUUUGAUAAAAUCAAUUUUUAUAUUUAAAUGUAAGAACUGGGUUCUACAGUUUGAACCCCUGCUGUCUCUGGCUCCACACCCACCCCGCCCGGCCAUCUAGAUGUGUGAAAGUUAGUGUAUAAGCUAAUGAUCCAUCAUUUAUGACAUUCCUGGGAGUGUGUAAACUUACAUUUUGUAUUACCAUAUCAUUUUUGUGUGUUCUCUAUAGUUAUGUACUUGAAAAUGUAUCAAUUGACCAAUUCGCAUUUGGACAGACUUGAUAAAAAAUAGUCCAGUAUUGCAAUGCUUCACUGGAUCAAUCUGAAACUUUGCACACACAAUGCUUCCAUCUAGUGGCCAAAAUCUAAACGGCACCUAAACUGCAAUAUUUUAUUGUGGCCUUUCUUUGCAUUUCAAAGAUGAUGGAACAAAACAAAUAUAAAAUGCAUGUUUUUUUUUUUUGUAUUAUCUUUUACCAGAUGUAAUGUGUUAUAUUCUCCUACAUUAAUUUCACAUUUCCACAAACUUCAAAGUGUUUCCUUUCAAAUGGUGUCAAGAAUAUGCAUAUCCUUGCUUCAGGUCCUGAGCUACAGGCAGUUAGAUUUGGGUAUGUCAUUUUAGGCGAGAAUUGAAAAAAAGGGUAAGAUCCUUAAGAGGUUAACUGCUUUUCACUGACUGCUGCAACUCAACAAACAGCUAUUUGCCAUGCGCUGCCCAUAUUGCGAGCUUAAAAAGAUCCACAGCAAAACAUUUAAAGAAGCUAAUGAUCCUCUGUGGCCAAAUCAUGCUCUCUAGUGUAUUAAUUUGAAUGAUUUUAUGUAUUUCUGUAUAGGCACGAGUAAUUAUACAGCUAAUUUUGGCAAAUGUAUUUACAUUUACAUUAGGGGAAGCUUAGCCUAUUGGACGCGCCGCCUAUGCCUACAUCAAUGUGAAAGUAACCGGUGAAUAAAACAGCUGGCCGUGAGGCUUACAAGGCAGAGUUCAAAUGCCAACAUCAAAUUCAAACAAUCAGCGCACUGCCUAAAUGGCUGACCGGCAAAGCAAACUGUCUGGUACUGUCUCUGCUCUCUGCUUUCUUAAAGUGAGAGAAAGGUGUGCAGGCUGGCAAUUUCUCUCAGAGCGAUGCUCCGCAUGGUUCUAAAGGUAGCCAACCAAUAGGCUAAACAGCCAUUGCAUUUGAAUUGAGAUUUUUUUGUAGCCUACUUUUACAUUUUUGGUUUUGAGCUACGGUAUGGCGACUGCGAUUUAUCAGCCAAAGUCCAUGUCACCUUUUUCAUUGUUUUAUUUGUUAAAUAAAAUACAUAUUUCUGUGUGUCAAUUUCGACCAGCCCACCCAAAUAAAAAAUGAUCGCGCCCAUCUGGCAUUUGCCAGAAUUGCCAGAUGGCCGAUCCACCCCUGGAUUAAACAUGCUAUAAAAUCAAUUGACCAAGUAGAGAACAUAAAUCAUUACUAUGUAGAAUUGCAGGAAAUUUGUUUUAAAACAGACAUAAAAUCAAGCUUUUGGUGUGGUGUAUUCAUGCAGCUCAAUAAACUACAACCUAAAUGCAUUAUUACCUCCACUUGGCCCAAUUCAGAUUUCCAAUUGCCCACCCUGACAUACCAAGCUAUGUAGGCUAAAUAUCCCAAGCAGCCCUACAGCAACUUCCAGAGAGAAUCAGGCUCCUUGGGCUUUGCGGUGGCCACCCUGGUUUGGGUGUCCUCUGCAGAACAGUGUCACCGUAACCAAGUGGUCACAUAUCGUUCUGGGUUCCGCUGCGCAAAAGGGGUCCGUGGAGUUUUAUGAACAUCAAGGCAGACACAUAGUAUUUUUUUUUCAACGUUCUGAUUGGCCAAAGUGGUCAAGCCUCCGCAGUGCACACACGUAGCCUAUAGUUCAUCAUUCUCACCACCGCCAGAGAGAAGACAGUGAAGAAACCACCAUUUACCUACCUCUAGGCUAAUAUUUGGUUUGUCAUUCUAUCGCUUUUAAUUGAAUUUUUGUGGUAAUUAAAUAGAAUUUAUUUAGAAUUUAUCAGAAUGAAUUUUCCAGAAAUAUACUGAACAAAAAUAUAAACACAACAUGCAACAAUUUCAAAAAUUUUACUGAGUUACAGGUAAUAUAAGGAAAUCAGUCAAUUGAAAUAAAUUCAUUAGGCCCUAAUCUGUGGAUUUCACACUGGGAAUACGCUGUCGUACACGUCAAUCCAGAGCAUCCCAAACUUGUUCAAUGUGUGACAGGUCUGGUGAGUAUGUAGGCCAGGGAAGAGCUGGGACAUUUUCAGCUUCCAGGAAUUGUGUACAGAUCCUUGCAACAUGGGGCCGUGCGUCAUCAUGCUGAAACAUGAGGUGAUGGCGGCGGAUGAAUGUCACGACAAUGGGCCUCAGGAUCUAGUAACGGUAUCUCUGUGCAUUCAAACUGCCAUCGAUAAAAUGCAAUUGUGUUCGUUGUCCGUAACUUAUGCCUGCCCAUACCAUAACCCCAUCACCAUCAUGGGGCACUCUGUUCACAACGUUGACAUCAGCAAACCGCUCGCCCACACAAGGCCAUACAUGUGGUUUGCAGUUGUGAGGCCGGUUGGACGUAGUGCCAAAUUCUCUAAAACGACGUUGGAGGCGGCUUAUGGUAGAGAAAUUAACAUUUAAUUAUCUGGCAACAGCUCUGGUGGGCAUUCCUGCAGUCAGCAUGCCAAUUGCAGGCUCCCUCAAAACUUGAGACAUCUGUGGCAUUUUAGAGUUGCCUUUUAUUGUCCCCAGCACAAGGUGCACCUGUGUAAUUAUUAUUCUAUUUAAUCAGCUUCUUGAUAUGCCACACCUGUCAGGUGGAUGGAUAUCUUGGCAAAGGAGAAAUGCUCACUAACAAGGGAUGUAAACAAAAAAUGUGUGCCCCAAAUGUGAGAGAAAUAAGAAUAUUGUGCCUAUGAAACAUUUUUCAUCUUUUAUUUUAGCUCAUGAAACAUGGGACCAACACUUUACAUGUUGCGUUUAUAAUUUUGUUCAGUGUAUUUUAUCAGCUCUGCGUUUUCUCAAAUUGCCACUCCUCCGCGCUCCGGCAGCACUACACCCCUGGAAUUCACAUGGAUUAGUCCACAUGGAUUUUAGCUGCUCAAGGUCAAGAUGAAAAGUUUUGUUGUCCAUUUUAAAUGGAAUACUUUGUCUGGUUUACAUUACACCACAGGAGGUUGGUGGCACCUUAAUUAGGGAGGACGGGCUCAUGGUAAUGGCUGGAGUGGAAUAAGUGGAAUUGUAUCAAAUACAUCAAACACAUGGUUUCCAUGUGUUUGAUGCCAUUCCAUUAGCUCCAUUCCAGCCAUUAUUAUGUGCCGUUCUCCCCUCAGCAGCCUCCACUGCAUUACACGCCUCAGUCCCAUACAGUACAUACCAGGACAACAGAGCAGAUCUACUGUACGUAGGUUCUAGCAAGUGUAAUUCUAUGGUGUGGGUCCCUUGGGAGGUCCCUGUGUCGUUGGGAACUCUCGGCUCUUGUUAGCCACUGCAUGACUCCAGUCUUUGAUCAGCUCAGCUGACUCUUUUAAGCUCAGCUUAGCACUGGAACGGUCUGGAAAAUCUGGGGAGAUGGGAGAGAGGGAUGGGAGACAGGCUUGGGAAAGAGGGGUGGGUUUGUGGAGAAGAAUAGAGAGGUGGGGAGAGGCUGAGAGGUUAGAGUGGCGAGGAAACUAACAUGGGGUAGGGGUUGAAGAUGGAAAGAAGGUUGAGAGGGGAGUGACAUAGAGGGAGAGGGGUGGGGGGUUCAGAGGGGUGAGGGAGGGAGAGCAGGAUGCGUGCUGGGAAGUGAGAGAUGUAGAGGAGAUCGAGAGAGAGGUGAGGGGUGAGAUGGUGGGAGGGGUGAGGGGUAGAGGGGUGAGGUAGAGGGAGAAGAGAGGGGUGGAAAAAGCAAGGGAACUCAUUCACCCAUGUCUCCCCAUGGUGUACAGUGCACUCACGCGCUUCCAGCCCCCCAACCAGUCCAACGGUUAAACUAAAGAGGGAUGUGAUAUGGAAGGUCAGCUACAGAAAGUUUGCUAGGAUGAGAGAACUAUUCUAAGUAGUAAGGUAAAAACAAAAAGAUAAGAGUAAGGGAACGGUGUGGGUUCCAGUUGACAUAGUAUUUGCAGCUGUGGUCAGAAAGACCCAUACAACAACAGUUUAGAAUACUGACUGUACUGUUAUGACCUAAAGCCCACCCAAUCAGACUUCUCAGACAGGGCAGAUGACAACAUUAUCAAGACAAUCAGAGCUUUAAUCAAAAACAGAAUGUCCAACAACCACUCAAGUCUCACAUUGCUGAUGAUUAGUUAAGUGAGAGGUCCAAACUAAAGCCCUAGUCCUUCACUUCAGUCCACUAGCUUCAUCUCACUGCACUUGUUGCUGCUCUUCACAUUAGUGGAGGGAAACAAUGUUGACCUGGUGAAUGAACAGAGCCAACAACAGUCUCUUCAGAGCUACUUGACUACACUAUGCUCUUCCGCUAGCAGAGGAGAGGAGGCCUCCUCAGGACACAAUCAUACAUUAUUCAUCACGGGCCUCAAUUAGGAAACUGUUCAUUCAAAUAGUGCUCAUCUACUCUACUGUAGGUUGUGUGUUCUGAAUAUAAUGUUACAUUCUACAAGUUAAUAACAUGACGCAAAUAUAUUUCAUCAUAAGUAAAGCCAGAUUUCCCUGCUGACUACAUGGCCAUUGCCCUUGUUAUAAGAAUUUCACAAAGUGCGUAGUACAUGUUACACCUUGUUUGUAAACAGCAUUAAUUAACUGGCUGAACGCUGAUACCUACUAGAACUUCAGAGUUGUAGGCCAACCUCAGUAUGGGCCAUGGUUCAAAUUCUAGAACAAAAUGUAAAAUCAACUUGUAAAGACAGCUCUGUUUUUCUACUAUCUCUGAUAGAGAGUUCAGAUAAUCCAAUCAGAAUUACCCCUGACCUAUCCAUAGUAGCUUAACAGCCAGUGGGAAUGACCUGGUCGCACACACACCUCAGGCUAAUUUGAUAGGGCGGUGAUUCUGUAACAUCAUCUGUCUCAUUUUUACAGACACUCUUAUCCAGAACGCCUUACAGGAGCAAUUAGGGCCUUGUUCAACAGAUUUUUCACUUAGUCAGCUCAGGGAUUCGAACCAGCAACCUUUCAGUUACUGAUCCAAUGCUCUUAAACGCUUGGCUACCUGCCGCCCCAUUAGCUGGUUUCCUGUUUAGAAAAAUAAGCUGGGAGAACAGCCUGUCUCCAUCACGUUACAGAUCUAUGUUGGCUGGACAAACAAGCUAACAGUGUGUGACCACAUUACAAGCUUUACUUUAAUUGUAAUCAGCUGUAGGCCUAAGGGAAAGGCAUUGGAAAUAUCCAACAAGGUGCUGUUGAUAUCUUGUUCACCAAUUAAAUUGUGUUCUGAAGUAGUUUGUCUAAUAGUAUUGUGUUGUUAAGUUGUUCAACCAAUUUCAUUGCUCUGUCGCAUUGUUCAAACCAAUAGCAAAAUUCCAAAGCUCCUCCUGAGCUGAGCUCUGUUGAAGCCACCUCCCCUUACACUUGUUUUUGCUUUCUUUCAUCUUUUCCCGUAUUUUAUCUCUCUAUUUCUACGCUUCUCUCCGUUUUCUCCCUCAACUGAACUGCUGUCUGACCAAAACUCCCCUGAAUGUCAGGCAGCUAAUUAGGCAGCCGUGAACCUGACCACAGGAACCACAGGCUGGUCACCAUGGUAAUCCUGGAACCCUGGCAGGUCAGGGGUAGUGAGAUGGGGCAGAGGUAUAGAGGAGGAAAGGAAAGAAAGAGCAGAGGGAUAGAGGGGAGAGAGAGGAGUGAAAAGGUAGAGAUGGGGGCUGAUGUAGUUGGAGAGGGGUGAGGUGCUAGAUGUGUUGGGUUGAACUGGAAGGGGAAAGAGUGGGGAGGAGGGAGGUGGAGAAGAUGGUUUGACAAAGGAGAGGAGAAAAGAUGGCGUAAAGGGGUGAUGAGACAGGAGUGGAGGAGAUGGAGAGAAGUUGGAGGAAAUAAGGGAGGCAGGUAGGGACAAGAUAAUUAGGAGAGUGGGGAGAUGAUAAAGGGGGGAGAGAGGAGAACAUAUGGAUGGUAUUCAACAGGGGGCCGAUUCCGACCCGAGUUAAGCGUGCGUAAAUGGAACGUAAUUCCCUUUUUAUGCACCUUUCUCUCUAUGCGUAUUCUGACCUUGAACUUAAGCAUGAGAAUCGCUUGCUAUUCACCUGCUAUUCGUUUUGGGUGGGAUCAAAUAAGUGAAGGUGUGGCGUAGGUGUGUCUACAGAUACACCUUAUUCUGACCUUGACUUAAUUCCCUAAUAAAUCUACCACCAGGAAACCAUGAAUAAGGUCUAGCGAACCUAGCGGUUCCAACUGGAAAAAGCAUCUACUUAAUAUUUUUCUUUACAAAUAACACCAUUCUCCAUGCACUGUAAUUUACAACUUAAUAAGAGCCAUUGAUAAGAGCUAGGGAAAUGAGUAAUCCGUUUGGAUAAGGGAAUUGUAAAUAUAAAUUACACUUGUUUUAGAUAUAUUUACCCUCUAAUGGCUGGAAACAAAUGUGAAACCAGUCAUAUGGCAGCAAACUGAAGCAUAUCAACAUAUCAACUUUCCCACAGUAAAGUUUAUGAAAUGCUGUGCCAUUAUGCAGAAUUGUUAUUGUACGGCCUUUUAACUUGCAGAGAUGGGCACUCUCGAUUGUCUUAAUUAUAGGCUACACUGACUUUCUCUGUUUCCUAUUUCUAUCAUGUUAAAUAUUAGGCACUAUCAGUAUCGACUGUCAGUAGACAUAAUAACAACACAUAUUCAACUGCCAAUUUACUGUUCGUUUCCUUCAGUUGGUAUAGCCUACAUUAUCAUUCCAUUUCAUUCCAUUGUUUCAUUUACAUUAAUUUGCUUCCUCUGUAAACGCCGUCACGGCCAUGUGGUUGUUGCUGAGGAUCAUUAGUAACAGUUGAUAAUAUAAAAAAAGACAUGCAGGCUAAUUAAAUCGUUAUGGAGCAGAGCGCAGACCAAGCCGCAACAGUUUGAACCCAACGCAUGGUGCAAUCCUUGGCUGUGUCAUCACACAGUUCCAUAGUUAGUGCAGGCAAUAGACGAGGGUAUAGCCUACAAUUGUACACUAUUCUCCCUAUUAUAAUUCUAUGUACACUAAUCUUCCAACAUUACCAUGGGUUAAAGAACUGAAUGUGGCAAUUUUCAGAAUGAAUCAAACCACCGUUUUCUUUCUUUCGUGCGUAAAGGCUCUCCAAACCUGUUUUCUAUGAUUCAUAAAUACUUUCCUAACCCUAAAUUAUCUACUAAAUCAGAUUAUUUUUGAUGAAACCAAGAAGAGUAUGCAUGUAUUUAGAAGGCUUUCUAGCAUUGAUCCCUAACAUUCUGAAUACGUUCUCUCGAUAUAUUCUAUUGAGUCUGUCCACAAAAUUUGAACUAGAAGUUACACCGUAUUUAAAGUGAUGGCUUAAGAUAAAUGUACUGAAAACACUAUUGAAUGAAAACUCCAAGAGAAAAUCUGUUGGUCAGCAAGUGGGAAGGUUUUCAGCGGUUGAAUGAAAUGUAUUCAGCGCUCGCAAGAGAACCAUGCCUGCAAAGCCCGUUACGCACCUUAAUAAAGUAAGUCUGAAUACCAACUACUGAGAAGUGCAUAGGAAAGGCGUGCGAAAGAAAGGCGUAAUUUCCUAUGUUGGAAUCGGGGCCCAGGUGAAGAAGGUCAAGGGAAAACAGUGACACUUAUUGCGAAAUGAAUGACCACCUAUUCUUCAAAGAAAAACACAACUAAUUUCUGUCAUAAAAAGUCAGCCUCCCGCAAAGUCCCAUAAUGGGUGUGAACACCCAGAGGUCUCACAGUAGCAUCACCCAUAUAUCAAAAACAAAAAUAUGUGAAGACAUGUUCAGGUUGUGUGUUAUGAGGUAUAAGGUAAUAGGUCAUGAGGGAGAGGGAGAGAGACAGAUGGUCUAGAGAGCUGAAAGAGAGAUUGAAAAUGAGAGAGGGGGUGGGGGGAGCGAGAGAGGGAUGAUCAGGGGGCCAAGGAAAAGGAAGAAAAGAGAGAGUGGGGUGAGAGGGUGUGUGUCCAUUCAAAGCUGCACACUUCAGUGGCUAGACUCAAAUGUAAACAUGGGGUAAGAAGAACAGGAAGGGGUGUGUGUGUGUGAGUGUGUGUGUGAGUGAGUAUAUGUUUGGGGUACAGCUGGUCUUGUGGUCAAGUUCAUGACUAUCUGGGUGAUUAACUCCUCCCCACUGUGGGACCAACCAUUCCCCAUGGCCCCAGCCUGUCUCAAUGACCCCUGAGUCUUUUAUAAGUUGGUAAGAGGGUGUGUGUGUGUGUGUGUGUGUGUGUGGAUAUAGGGACAGUGUUUUGUGUGUGAGUGGGGGGAUCAUAUGUGUGUGUAAUGGAGGGGAUGUGAGAUUUCUCUUAGAGAUUAGAUUUUUUACAAAUGUUUCCUAGACAGUGUGUAGACCAGGGUUGCCCAACCCUGUUCCUGGAGAGCUACCCUCCUGUAGGUUUUCGCUCCAACCCCAGGUGUUACUAACCUGAUUCACCUUAUCAACCUGCUAAUUAUUAGAAUCAGGUUUGCUAGAUUAGUGUUUGAGCAAACAUGUACAGGACGGUAGCUCUCCAGGAACAGGGUUGGGCUGUCCUGGUGUAGACCAUCUAAUUGGCAGUAACAGUGUGUAUUGGAUUCAAAUUAACUAUGUUGAAUUGAAUAACACAAUUCCAAAGGCAAACCUCAGUACUGACAUUCAGACACACACAUGUCCUCAUGUGCCCGAAAGUCCCAAUUCAUGUUUAAAAAUGCAAUCUGCAACCUCUACCUAGACUAAAGUGUUAGACACACAGUACUGGACUUGGUCUCCAAUGCUAGAUUAGAUUAGAUAUUUCUUUAUUGUUUGAUUUUCACAGAUAUUUGCUUUACGUACAAGAAAAUGCACUGUGAUAUGGUGAGAGACAUGGCAUAGGCCAGACAUAACAUCAAACAUACACAUUCAUGAAAAAAACAAGAAUGACAGCUUAAGAACUCUUACUCCUCCCUUCCACGUUACAUAGCUGUCUGUCCUAUACUCAAUGUUACACAUCCCCUUAAUGUCCAAGGUCCCUGAGCGUUGCACAUAAUGUUAUUGCACAACCCUAUACUUUCCAUGUCCAUGAUACCAUGAAUAUUUUACACAGUUAGUUAUAUUUCACUUAUCACUUUUCACUAUUGCCCAUUCCCGAAUGAGUGAAUCUUUCCCCAUGUCCCUAAUGUCCUCCUUAUUUGUUCAUAAGGGUCAGUGCGUGUGGCACAAACAAGUUUUUGUACCUGACCAGUUUGCACAGGGGGAGUCUGUAGCACUUCCUGGAUGACAGGAGCACAAACUCUGAGUUGAGCACAUGGGAGGGGUCCUCAGCUAUUUUAUUUGCCAUCCUUAUAAUGUUUGUGUGGUAGCUGUCCAGAAAGGUUUUGUUGGUGGGCUUGCCAACUAUUAAAUGUUAGGCAGUUUUCAGCAGACUUGUCACCCUGGCUUUUGCCUGUACUGUGACACUGUUGUACCAAGCAGUGAUGCAGUACUGCAAAACACGCUGGACAGUGGAGCAGAAGAACAAGUGCUAG